CACGCAGAAAGGCAAAACAUCUCCGUGUGACGGAUGUGAAAAAACAGCACUUGGCCCGAUUCCCAGUGCUUCGGUACAUCGCAAAAUUUAUUUAUAAAAGUUAAACUAAUUUCGGCUUACAGCGUGCAACGAAGGCAGCAGACAAGCGUAUUUAAUAACUAGGGAAUCGGAACAAGUGACAAAGGAGGCACCAGCAAUAACUGAACAACGGGGAGAGGUGGAGCUCUAUCGGGUUCAAAACAAAUGCGUUGUGUUUUUUUUUAUUGAGUGGCGAUCGAUUUUUCUCCGUCUGUGCUAAAACGUCAGGGAGCAAAAUAUAGGACGUCAUCCUAUACUAUACACGCUAUACAAAACGGAUGACACAAAACAACAACUUUGCACUGGUUGAGUACAAAAUGCUUGAAGAUGCAAACCAAAAGGAAGACGAACAAGUUCAGAAACAGAAAGAAAUGCAAAGUUUGAUACAAGGCAACCGCUUCAAUGGCACAAUUCAAUACUCUGACAGCUUUUUGGCAAACAACUACAACAAAUUGCAAAUGCAGCUCAAUAGCCGAUACAUUUCACAGAUCUGCUGCCCACGACGGACUCGUGGUUCGUUACCACAUGUCCGGAUGCGUCCUUACUACAUACCUCAACGAUCCAGAACUAAAAGUGAAAACUCCGAUCCAUCGAGCUUGAUGUAUUUGGAAACGAUCCGAGCCGUCGAUGCAGCUCAAAGUAAUCUACCCACGACCCUUAUGGAAACUAACGAUCCCUCUACCUCACAGAUGGACACUUCGGGCAAUCCACCGUCGUCCAGGUCCGGAAAGUGUAGUUCACUAGUGAAAUCAAAAUCUCUAGAGGAUUUGGUUCGAGCAAUCAAAACAAUAGACGGUUCUCAGCCGUCACACGAGAUGGAAUUCAUGUCUAGUCGCAUACAAAAUCUUAAAGUGCAGGAAUAGUGUAGUAUUUAAUCGUACUGCUUUGCAAAAAAAUUUAUAAUACAGCGAACAUGAGUGUCUAAAUGUAUAGAUACACCAAGUGCAUGAUUUAACUGACUACAAUAGUGCUAAGAAUUUUAGUAUUUUCUGCGAUAAUUAGCCAAACGUUAGAUGUUCUCACGUACAUAUGGUAGAUUUGUAGUUGAGUAAUCAUACGCCGUGUAAAAUGGAAAUGGUUAAUGUGGAGGUGUGUAGUGAUACUCGCGCGUACUUGAGUAUAGCUACUACGAGUUACUGGUGAACAGUAUAAGUUUGUGAGUUACUUAGAGAUUCUGAGAGCCGAGCCAUGUAGAUGCAAGGUUGACACGCAAUGUAAUUUUAAUUUAUUGAAAAUAAAUGUUUAACAUACACCAAUUGAAA